CGCUGCUUUUAAAAGUCUACAGUAAUCGAUGGAAUUCCUGGGUGCAACUUGUUGAUUACGCGAGAUGGCGCUGCCGUGUGAUCUAAAAUCCGGCAAGAAGCAAGUUACCUAAGUGUAACACACCACUACCAGCAUUAGAGCGUAACGCUACGGAAGGUUACCAUUAGUGCCGUUAAGUAACGCCAACCAGAUGAGAAGCACCGCGAUGGAGGACGUGUACGAGAACGAACCAGUACCGUCCGAUCCGGACGGGCAGCCGAAGCACUUUAACGGCAGCGGCGCUAAGAAUGUAUCGUUGCGUAUCCUUUCGAUGCCUUCGUCACCGCUUCCGCCGGUUCCGAGAGUAAUGCCAUCCUCUCCGUCGGCCAUCUCACUGUCGUCGGCAACUGCGAGAGACACGCGCCACCGUACGUCCAAGGAUCGUGUAUCACGAAAGGCCAGAAUCAGUACCAUCUGCCCCGGUGGCAGCAGCGGUAUGGUCGCUGUUGGGGAGAAUUUCUCAUCAACGGUGGCCACCAUCGAUGAGGGUGUGAAUGACGGUGGAAACUCACCGACCGCCGCGAGCCUUGCGCCGUGCAGCAACACCACGGUCGUGAAGAAGUCGAAGGUAGACUUUGUGCGGUUCGAUUCGACCGAGAUCCAUUACACCGAAAACGAGGAAGUGCGCAAGAAGAUUUCCGACGAGAUUAAGAGCGCGUGCAAACUCUCCGACAAAAAUAGGGCCGACCGGCUUGCACGACCACGAAUGUCACUGUUGGGGAAGCCGCUCAACUAUAAUCGUGGCUCACGGCGUGAUGCCCGUUAUAGGCGGCUACAGAGCAGGGUCUACAAUUUUCUCGAGCGGCCCCGAGGCUUCAAAGCGAUUUUCUACCAUGUCUGUGUAUUUUUAAUGGUGUUCACAUGUUUGGCCUUAAGUGUCUUCUCAACUAUUCAGGAAUACGAGGAACAAGCAAUCGCCAUCUUAUUCGUCAUGGAGAUUAUAGUAGUAAUAUGGUUCUCGAUCGAGUUCUUCCUAAGACUUUGGUCAUCAGGAUGCCGUUCGCGCUAUCAAGGAGCAGUGGGGAGGCUGAAGUUUUUAAAAAGGCCUUUUUGUAUCAUAGAUAUAGUAACGAUAGCCGCCUCCAUCGUGGUGCUCGUAAUGGGAACAUCCGGGCAGGUGUUUGCCACCAGUGCGCUUCGAGGGCUCCGCUUUUUCCAAAUCCUGCGCAUGGUGCGCAUGGACCGGCGCGGUGGCACGUGGAAACUGCUCGGGAGUGUCGUCUACGCUCACAGACAGGAAUUAAUUACAACCUUGUAUAUAGGGUUUCUGGGCCUUAUUUUUGCCUCGUUUUUAGUGUAUUUAAUGGAGAAGGAUGUGAGGGGAACUAAGUUCAGCAACUUUGCUCAAGCGUUGUGGUGGGGUGUGAUAACGCUGUGCACGGUCGGGUACGGCGAUAUGGUGCCGGAGACGUGGCAAGGCAAAAUUAUAGCGUCGUUCUGCGCCCUGCUAGGCAUUUCCUUCUUCGCGCUACCCGCGGGUAUCCUUGGCAGCGGGUUCGCCUUGAAGGUGCAGCAGCAGCAGCGACAGAAGCACAUGAUCCGGCGCCGGCAACCGGCCGCGACGCUGAUACAGUCGCUCUGGAGAUGUUACGCCGCCGACGAGCACUCGAUGUCCGAGGCGACGUGGAAAAUCCACCAAGUACCUUUACCGUCGCCCCCACCAUCCUUUCGUGGUCAAAAAAUUUAUCUUCUGGCCAGAAGGUGCCCUAGUGCCACGGAAAGAUCAAAGCUGGAGGCAGCAGAAAAACUGGCCGCCUCAUCCAGUUCCGCGCGGGCGUCAUCGAGCUUCAAGCACAACGCAUCGUUCGUGGCCCGGCUGCCCACGAUCCGGCGGCACAAAAGCCAAUCGCUGCACUCACCCGGCAACCCGAAGCCACCGAGCGGCGGUGGGAGCGGCCGGACGGGCCGUUGUCCUCGCGUGACCGACAUCAAUGCUUCAUCGGAAAAUCUGGAAGUGACCAACAAUGGUAGACCCAUGAACCCAAGUCUCAGCGAAGACUCGGUGGCGGAAACGGCACUGUCCAAGAAAAAUUCCGAUGCCGGACUUGAGCUGGCCUCGGUGUCCUCGAUUCCGGCCGGCGCGGGCCCACUGGUGGCCACCGGCAAUGAUCUCCCGAUCGUCGGCCGUAGCUUCCUCUCGACCGGCGGCGGCAGUGGUGGUGGUGGCCACUUUGGCGGUGGUGGACCAUCGUCAUCGCGGCGCAGCAGCUUCGUCAGUGGCAUUUUCGCCUCGGCCGUACAGCGGCGCGGCAGCGGAAACGAGAGCGCACCACACACCGCCGCUACCGUUGCCCUUAACACCGCGGGUGACGAGCUUGUGUCCCAGACGCUGGCAGCAGAUCAGCAGCCAUCGCACCGAUACCGGAUCGUUCGUUUCAGGACCCCGUUCGAGUCACUGUUCCGCAGCAGGUCGUCGGCAUCAACGGCGAUUGCUGCGGCAGCGGCCGCCACCGUCGCUGCUUCCGGCAAUCAGCUCGCAGACGAAGAUGAGGAACCGAGAUGUGUGCAGCUAACGAACCAGCACAAGGGGGCCAUCCGUUUCAUCCGUAAGAUGAAGUAUUUUGUAGCGCGCCGCAAGUUUAAAGAGGCCUUAAAACCGUACGAUGUGAAAGACGUCAUGGAGCAAUACGCCGCCGGACAUGUCGACCUGCUUGGCCGCGUGAAAAACGUUCAAACUAGGUUAGACCAAAUUCUUGGCAAGCAAGGAUCGAAAUCAAAAGAUGUGUAUGCAUCGAAAAUUAGUUUAGCUUCGCGUGUAGUGAAAAUUGAAAGACAAGUUGACGACAUAGAGACAAAGGUAGAUUCAUUUAUAGAUUUAUACAUGCAGGAUCGGAUGCGUCUUUUAUCACUUCCACUACAUCCUGACACAUCACAUUCCAACAAUCCAAACCUUCCAUCAUUGCCACCGAAAGGCGGUGGAGCAGCGGCUGUUAUCACUACUGUGAAAACUAGUUCUAGUGGUUCAUUGAAACCAAAGCCUAUUUUAGUAGAUAAACAAUUUUCGGAACCGAAUUCACCGAUAGCGAAAACGUUCGAGGAACAACCGUUGCAGCAGAAACGUCCACCAAUGCAGCGCGGCUUCUCCGAUUUGGGCCAUAGGAUAAAGAAGCGCGUCACGCUCAGCUCUAUACCUCCACAGUACGUUGGCAACAGUACCGGCCAGCCGUCGGAUCGUGGCGAUGUUGUGAUCGUGGUACCAAACAUCGAUUCCGAGCAUCUGGAACCGGUCGGUAUCGAGGAUCUCGCCUCCGUCUGCAUCGAUACGGAGAUCGAGAUCGAACCGGGCAGCCCCAAAACCAUCACGGAAAGUUCAACUUUUUCAUAUCGUAAACUGAUAGAAACUCGAGUUAUUAUGAUGGACGAGGAGGACGAUGAGGAGGACGAGGAAGAGGACAUCGAAGAGGAGGAUCUCGAUAUUGGUGCGGAGAUUGAUCCCGAUUCGCCACCGUGGGACGUGUACGGUGACAUGGACGUGGAGGAUCAGGACGAUACGACGGAAAAUACGGCACUGCUGCGAACUGCCGCCAAGACGGAAAUCAUCGUCACGCCUAUCAGCCCGGUCAGCUCAGCGUUCGAGCUACACCGAAUGGACAGUGAAGAGUACCGACGGUCGAAACAGGUUGCGGCCAACAACAAUGAAGGCGAACAGCUUCAACAGCAACAGCAGCAACCGAUGCUGGCCAUCACCGGCCCUAGCGGUGCGAUGGAUUCGCUCAAGCCCGAGAGAGCGAGCAACGGUUCGGACGAUACAUGAGAAUGGCUGAAACCAUCCCCAGUGGCCAGUCAUGGCUGCACCUCCACGCAGCACCAUCCCUUCCGGAUCCAACACUACGCACCCUUCACUCCCAUCGCUUACCGGGCAAUUCGUCCGCUCUCUGCCGGAUGGCUGCCGAUCCAGCACUCAUCAUUGCCAUCGCUCGUUAUCGGCCUGUCUUCGCUGCUUACGGUUCUGCUCGAAGCAACAACAUCAUUCUGCUCUGCCGUCACGCGUCGUGCGAGACUCCCACACGCGCACGAAUCAACGCGCCAAGUCUCCCGGGACCAUGGCACUUCGUGGCACACGGGCAUGCUAAUCGACUAAAGCAAGGCAAGCCGGUUCGCAUCGAAGCAACCGUGGCGCUAGUACGCAUAACAAAACCACUUCCUAGAGACCUGAUUUCAUUCGCCUCCAAUUGUCCUUCCUAGAAGACGGUCCUGUUGUCUGUUACAGUCUACUGUUGAAUAGUCGUAGCCUCUAGCCGCAAUCUUACAACAAAUCUUGCAACACGAUGUAUGAGCAAAAGCGAAAUGGAUGAGAUGUUAAUUUCCCCGUUGAUUAAAGCCUUCUCGCCCCAUAGGGACGCUCAUACUCAUUACGCUCAUAAAGAAAACCAAAACUACCCAUCAUAAUUGCUCUCUAGAUCGCUGCGGCAAGAUCGCCCUGCUGUUUCGAUCCUGUUGUAUUCCCUUACUCAUCGAUAUGGUGCUACCAUUACAUUACACGAACGUUACUUAGUUUUACUAGUUACGCACACACACUCACACUUUCUCUCUAUUUUAUGGUCUGUUAUUUCUUGUGCCACUUCGAAUCUUACCCGGGCCGAACGAUAAGGGGUGUUGUAGCAUAAUGUAAGACAAAAAAGGAAAUCCAACCGAAACACAGCAUUAAGUGACACAAUAUUUAAAAAUUAAACGAAACGAUAAUUCACGAUCAACGAUCGGCUUUUGCUUCUAAUGUUCGCAAAGUUGCAGUCAAAGUUAAAUUGCAAUGCACUUGAUCGCCGUUGCAUCGUGGGAGGAAGAAAGAAGGAAAAAGGAAAUCAGUUAGUAAACAUACCUAAUGAUGCCAACUUUCUGUCUAAACCUUGGGCACCAUUAACAUUUGCGUAGUCACGUGGUCAUCCUUUCUUCGGCGUUUCUUUUUUCGAAUCGAUGACGGUUUUUGCUAACUGUCUGUAGAUUAAAUUAAAUAUCCUUCGAACCAGUGGAGUGUGAAGCACGGAUGAGCCAGCUGUCCCAAAAGCGGUUUAGAAACACAUUACGGUUUAGUCAACAUGAACAAUAUUACUAUAGAAAACCCAUUAUUCUCACCGCGCGUUAGUGCGACGGUUAAUGUUCGUAGUGUGUUGCAGCGAAUGGUGGUGAAGUGCUGCAGCUGUUACAGUUUUAAUGAUAGCGCAUUUUUUCUAUACCCUACUUUAAUUCCUCCUAGCGUUCUAGCGAGCGUGCAGUUUGUUAAGUAGUAAAGAUUCACUAGCGAAUAAAAAGAAACAAACAGCAACGGGAAGGCACCAGCAACCCGAACCGGAUCGUGGUUAGGUAGGGCACUAGAGCAAAAGCAUUAGACAUUAUAAAAUGGCCAAAAACGGAUUUCAUAGCGUUAAGAGAGGUUGGCAACAGUGUCACCAGAGAAACGAUUUCAAAUCAAAACCGAAACCGAUCAAACUCACUCAAAAACCACAGCAUAUUGACACUUUCCUUCCGUUCCGGAAUGUGGUAUUGGAUAUUGGAAACAUAAACAAAAAAAAACACACACAGAAAAAUGUCAAUUAUUAAUCUUAGUAAUGAGUAAGCGAACAACAACGGUAUAGAAGAAACACUCGAAGCUCGCACAAUACAUUUAGAAAAGAAAAUAACAACAACAAGAUGGCAUAACGUAGUGCUGUUUGGUUUAAAUCACCCAGACAGUCGUAAACGAAAUUUAAUAACAAAACAAGUAUUUUAAUUUUACUAUUCGCAACCACCAUUCGGACAUUCAUCAUUUAAAAAAAACCACUUGUUAUAACGGUGAAAUAUAAUUCAUUUUAACAAAGACUUAGAUAAGAUGAGAAACUACAUGAAAAAAGACAACAAAUUAUGAACGGGAGAAAUGGAAGCGUAUUCUUAAACCGUAAUGCCACCUAACCUAAUGCUUUAGCGAAGAUAAGCCGAACAGAACGGACCGAUUAGAGUUGUAAACAAAACGAUAAAGCACAAAAAACAACAACAUAACAAAAGUAAGCAGAACAGAACGCACAUCACUCCGAACAAGUGAAGACAAUAAUGUAUGAGUAGUGAAGCGUGUUUAGCUUGAAACAGAACACACAGAACGACAACCACUAAGCGAACAGAACAAAACAUCUAUUAACCUUGAGCGCGACUUGCAGCGAAUUGUAGAUGAGUUCGAUGAAUCUCGAUAAACCGUGAAAGAUGAAGUGAGAUGGCGCUAGAGGUUGGUCGCAAAUAUUAGGCGAAAGCAUAACUCACGCACACUCGCCAGCUGCAGUAGUAUGGUAUUCAUAGUUGUAAAAAAAGAAAACAAGAAGUGGUUAAUCAAAUGGAAACAAAACACAACAAACAAACAAAAUUUGCUAAACAAAUAGCUGAACCCAAAUGCCAUCAAAAUACACUAGUGAUAUUACAAAACCCUGGAAUGGAGAAAUGAAAAAAACGAACGAAAUAGAUGUCGUCCUUCACGCGUGCAAAAAUGGACGGAGGGUGUAUCCAUUGGCAACCAUGGAACUUCAGCUGAAAUGGAAACGCGUGGAAAUAGUUGCUAAGCCGAUAAUUGCUAGGUUUAAUUAGCACGGUAAGUGUUAGCGGGUAAGAUUUAGCAAAUGGGUUAAGAAAGUUUAAUUCGGUUAUCGGUUGAUGAUAUUUUUUUCUGUCCCCUUUGUCCAUCAUUGUUACGUUAUUCUACCACUGUUUUACUGUGCUCUCAGACGAACUUCUGAAUACAUAAUUUUCAUAUUGUUUUUCAAUAAAAUUGCGAGAAAUUGUUA